AUGCUGCCUCGCGAUCCCCCCUGGGCUCGGCGACGGAGAGUUCGCCACUUUCCAAAUAAUUUUCUCGUCCCGGGCGAGUUCAUGACAGAAAUUGGGUUGAUCACAGAGACCCCGAAUUACGACGUCGUCAGACUACCGGGGUGUCUCAUCAGCCCCAGGUUCCGAAACUCAUAUAUGCUGGACGACACCGCCCACAUUCUGGGCGGUCAGCCAGGCGAGUAUCCGUCGCGCGAGAUGACCGCGGACGAAACCCGCAUGACUACGUUUACAUCCCCGCUAGGGCUCAUGUCCAGCAGCCGGAGUGUUGUCGCCGUGUUUGAGAUCCGGCAACUUUCGUUGAGGUUUGAACUCAUGAGGUUCCCUGUCGUGAGUAGCAACCUGUGUCGAGAGCUGGGGAUCAGUGUGAUCCUGGGGCUGCCGUUUAUCCAAUGGUACCAGGCUCAGAUAGCUAUGCUUCCCCAACCGCGGCUCGCGUUAGCUGCUGAUACUGAUGCACAGUAUGCUCAAGGCCAGGGUGACCAGGAGCUGCCUAACAGCGGCGGUGGCGGUCAAGAGUGUGGCAAUCGCAGUAAUGUCGAUGAGUGGGUCCAGAGGCAGCAGAUCCAGCAGAUGCCCGUGGUCGUCGCCGCUGAUGAGAGCGUGGGUACCAUGGAAGGCGCCAUGAAUGACCCAGAACUGAACACAUGGUGUGUAGUCAAAACAAGCUUUUGA